CUGCAGCUUUUUGUUAAUUGUUAUUAUUUCAAUCGAAAACAACAAAAAAAUACUUUCAAUUUCUCGAAACCAGUCCUUGAGACAUACGUAAGAAGGUACAAAACAAACAAUCAUGCACUUGGAUUACAUAUAAAAAUUUGUAAUAAUCUAUAAGCAUUUAUUUUUUUACACAAUAUUGUCACUGAAAAAAUCAAUUGCAUUUUGUCGAAUUGAUUUCCGAUUGCUUGAAAAUUGCGUAAUGAUGGAAAUUACCCAACGACCUUGAAUGCUUUAUCGCGAUAAUUGGUGACCUUCAUGACAGUCCCCACUCGUCUUCUAACCCUAAUAACGAACUGUCAUUUCCCAAAAAUGGGUCAUACGUUAAAAUUGAACAACGGGCACGAAAUUCCUAUUGUGGGCUUAGGAACGUACAAGUCGCCCCCAGGUCAAGUCCAGGAGGCUGUCAAAGCUGCAAUUACGUGUGGCUACCGUCACAUCGACUGUGCCUGGUUUUACGAAAACGAGGCAGAAGUAGGUCAGGGGAUUCACGCAAAAAUCGCCGAUGGUACAAUCAAACGCGAGGAUAUUUUCAUAACGAGCAAAUUAUGGAACAAUUUCCAUGCGAAAAACAGUGUGGUCCCCAUGUUACGAGACUCCCUCAAGAAGCUAAAUUUAGACUAUGUCGAUUUGUACCUAAUCCACUGGCCUAUGGGGUUCAAAGAGACCGCACCGACACUCCCUCCGGAUUCUUCCGGGUACAGUGACGUCGAUUACAUCGAAACGUGGCAAGGGAUGGAAGAAUGUGUUAAACUAGGCCUAGCCAAAAGUAUCGGUUUAUCGAAUUUCAACAGCGAACAAAUCACCCGAAUUCUCCAAAACUGCACAAUCAAACCGGUGGUUAACCAAGUCGAGGUCAACCCCAACAUCAACCAGAAAAAACUGAUCAAAUUUUGCAAAGACCGCGACAUUGUGGUUGUCGGUUUUUGCCCCUUGGGACGAAGCAAUUACGUCGGCCUGCGCCCCAAUUUCCCCACCCCCACGAUCCACGACCCCAAAGUCAUCGAAAUGGCGAAAAAAUACAACAAAACGCCCGCACAAAUCGUCUUAAACUAUCUAGUUUCAUUGGGGAUUUCGGUCAUUCCGAAAUCGGUCACCCCGUCACGCAUCGCCGAAAACAUCGACAUUUUCGACUUUCGGCUAGAUACCGACGACAUUGCGUAUUUGGACGCGUGCAACAAGAAUCAAAGAUGCAGCCCCCAGAGCAACCACGCCGACCACAAAUACUUCCCGUUCAAAAUCGAAUUUUAAUAAACACUUACCAGAGUCA